AAUUGAAAACCUUGAAAGUUCAACAAAUACAACAAAGCGCAAAUUUCAGAAAUCACAAGAUGAUUUCAAGAAACAUAAAGAUGAAAUGCAAGAGAAAGUCGAGCGCUUGGAAAGAACUCUCCUGGCAACAAAUCGCAGUUUGAAAAAAUUCAAAAAGAAAUCAAAAGAUGAUUUGCAGAAACAUAGAGAAGAAAUGCAAGAAGUGAUGAAAAAACUGUUGUCCAACGAAAAAGAGAAAAAAGACCCCAUUUUGCUGGUGACAAUACUUCCGUCCAUCUUGCAGACUUCUCACAUUUCUGUACCUGGUAUUGAGAAUAUCUGCAAAAUUUCGCUAGCUUCACCAGACAAACUCUGGGUGAGUGAUGGAGAAGAAGAGCUUUUACAAGUGGAUUUCAAGGGACACCUUCGACAACGUUCUGUCAUUCAAUAUAGUAUCAGUCACACCAUAACAGGAAAUGGAAACCUUUUGUUUACUUGUGGAGAAAAUGUCAAGAAGUUUAAGUCGGAUGGAACUAUCACAACGCUUAUAACAUCAACAGAGAAUGUGGAAUGUAUACACUCCUCCCGCAUCAAUGGCGACAUACUGGUAGGGAUAUAUUGCACAAUACCACACACAGAAACAAGUAUAGGUAAAGUGAUUCGCUACGACAAGAAGGGGAAAAAGCUGCUGGACAUUGAACAGGACAAUAACGGACAACAAUUGUUUCAAGUGCCAUAUGACAUUACGGAGAACAAAAAUGGGGACAUUUGGACUUCUGACAAAUGUAUGGCAGUGGUGGUGGAUAAAUCAGGAGACCAUCGAUUUAACUACACAGGUCUGCCUUCUCAGUCUAGCUUCCGUCCUCAACGUAUCUGCACUGACGUACUAGGAUACGUUUUAGUGUGUGAUAAUUUCUCCUCCAGUAUUCAUCUGCUAAGUAAGGAAGGAAGGUUACUGUCAAUACUUCUGCCAAAACAAUAUAACAUGCGUCCUCCCUUUGCUCUCUGUGUUGACGAUAAACACAACCUCUAUCUAGGAGAGUAUGAAAGUAACAUAAUUACAGUGUUCAAGUAUCUUGAGGUCACAGAACAAUGAAAACUUUUUCAAACAUUUUACAUAAGUCAUUUCAAAAAUAUUUUAGCUUAUUACAUGCUUCUGUAGUUUAUUUAUCUCGUUUGAUUCGAUACGCAAAAACAUGCUCUACGUAUAACAAUUACUAAAUGAUGUACAUUUUUGACAAACAAGUAGAUGAAACAAGAAUAUCAUCAGCUAGUCUUGUGACUUUGUCAACAAAUACAUAUUGUCAUUAAGUAAAAUAUGGAAUGACGUU